GCACGGCGGCCUGUCAUUGGCCGGGAGGGAGGAUGGAGGUGCGCUGUUCAGGGCUGAUGCUUUAAACAAACUUUAAGCUAACGGUCUCUCUCCUUGGGAAGCACGACUAGACAGAAGCAUUUGAAUCCUAAUAUAAUUCCUCUAAGGAACUCAAGGUCCAUCCAGCCACCAAGAUGUCCAGCAAACGCACCAAGGGGAAGACCACAAAGAAGCGCCCGCAAAGGGCCACUUCAAACGUAUUUGCCAUGUUUGACCAGUCCCAGAUCCAGGAGUUCAAAGAAGCUUUCAACAUGAUCGACCAAAAUCGUGACGGUUUCAUUGACAAAGAGGACCUCCAUGACAUGCUGGCAUCUCUUGGUAAGAACCCAUCGGAUGAGUACCUGGAAGGCAUGAUGAGCGAGGCACCAGGUCCAAUCAACUUCACCAUGUUCCUCACCAUGUUCGGGGAGCGCCUCAACGGGACAGACCCCGAGGAUGUGAUCCGCAAUGCCUUCGCCUGCUUUGACGAGGAGGGGUCUGGGGUGAUCCAUGAAGAUCAUCUGAGGGAGCUCCUGACUACCAUGGGUGACCGCUUCACUGACGAGGAGGUGGACGAGCUGUUCCGCGAGGCUCCCAUCGACAAGAAAGGCAACUUCAACUACUCCGAGUUCACCCGCAUCCUUAAGCACGGCGCCAAGGACAAGGAUGAUAUUUAGAGACUGGCUUUUUCAUCUUCCACCGAUGACCUCUGUCGCUCACUGCAAUACUCUUCCGCAUUUGCACUUAUACUUUCAAUGCCAAAAUAAACAGGAAGUUGUCAUCAAGUAAAAAGUGGGCUUCCCCCAAACGUGCUGGCUUAAUCACCCAGCAUCCAUAGUAGGUCUCACCACCAAACCUUGACACAAGUCCAUCACCAUUCUCCCAAAAUGACUUGAAUACCCAAACGCAGUUCAAGGUGCACGUUUCAACUUUUAUCACUACCGGCUUGUGCAAGAUGUGUAACCACCAUGAAAAUCGCAAACCCAAAGUGUGGAUCUAAAAUCAGCUUUAAGGCAGGUCAUCAAGAUCUGCAGAUUAAGGGCUUUUCACAUUCCACCAAACAGAUAAUUUGGGCCAUUCAAGGGCUAAAGGAAGACCUGAGACACGAAGACUGGUCCCUUACCUUAGAGAUGCACGCCGUCUGCUGUCGUUUACCGUUUGUAUUCUCUGUUGGAAUAAUAAAAAUAUUCCCUUA